AUGUCAUUCCAGAGCGUUUAUAUAUCGUUAUGGCUGACAUGAGGGCCUUUUCGGGUGUAUAUAAUAAAAAUGGCUUGUAUUUCAAGAAUGCUGAUUUGUCUGAACUAACAGUCUCUGUCAAUGGUAUGAAUAUGUAUAAAAAUACGGUUUCUUUUCCCCACGAGUGUACGCGAGUCUAUUAUGAUAUUUUAGAUAGUUUAGGAGUAGAAAAUGACACUUUGCUUGAUUACGAUAGCUUUAGGAAAGGAAGGACAGUGUUUGUUUUUAGUUUGUUACCGGAAGACAUACGAGGCACAGUGCCUCUUGAACACAGUGGAAACUUACGCAUAAGUCUUCAGCUUAAAAAAGGCUUGGAUGAAAAUUUAGUAAUUAUCUGUUUUAGGGAUACAAAGGGAGUGUUGUCAAUCAACUCGGAGAGGCACGUGUCUUGCGACACUAGAGCAUAAUGAAUAAUCAACAAAUUAUGAAAGCUCUACAAGGAAGACUUUAUCACAAUAAUAUAUAUUUCUUAGGCUGUCUUCCCGCUGACGAUGUAGCGAAAUUAAAUCUAAGGAGUGAGUCAGACAAGCCCAUUGUCUUUAUUGCUAAUGUGUUAGGCGCGUCGCAAGCUUCGAAAAUGUGUCACUGGGUGUUCUAUGUUAGUGAUAAGUGUAUAUAUUUCUUCGACACAUACGCCCUGACCCCAUCAUUAUAUUCUAAGUACUUUCGAAGUUUCUUAAAUAAGCAUAAAGAUUAUCCUGUUUUUAAACUUGCCGCAAGAUUACAGUCGGACAAAACUCUGGUGUGUGGCGUGUAUUGCAUUCAAUUCGUAUAUACUUAUGUAAUAAAAUAGGCUUAGAGAGGACUAGUCAGUUUUUGAAAGAUAAUUAUGAUUUAGGAAAUUUUUUGAAGAAUGACAGAAAGGUGUUAACAUAUGCUUAUAGAAUGUUUAAAAUGCCCCCAUGUAUAAAAACAUUUUGUCAAUCUAGUCAAGGACUGACUUACAAGCAUUGUAUUUCUAAGAUAUGUGGCUAACUUAUUAAAUGUUACAUGAUAAUAAUGUGUGUGUGUGUGUGUGUGUGUGUGUGUGUGUGUGUGUAAAAAAUGUAGAGAAGUAGCAUGUAGCUUAUUCAUUUAUGGCGUGUGUGUGUGUGUGCAAUUAUAUGUAGUUAUUAAAAGCAGGAUUCUGUUUUUUUUUUUUUUCGUGCGACGUGACCGGGUGGGUGUGAGUUUGUUCACGCUUUCCUAUGUGUAAAAAAUGUAGAGAAGUAGCAUGUAGCUUAUUCAUUUAUGGCGUGUGUGUGUGUGUGCAAUUAUAUGUAGUUAUUAAGAACAGGAUUCUGUUUUUUUUUUUCGUGCGACGUGACCGGGUGGGUGUGAGUUUGUUCACGCUUUCCUAUUGUUCGGAAGAAGAAUGGCUUGUGGUUUUGGGCAUGUGCGCGCGUGUUUGCAUACAUGUGUGGGCGUGUCCCCUAUAACCUGGGGUAGCCUCGGAAGAAGAAAAGGCUUGUGGUAGUGUGCGCAUAUGCCCCAAAUAACCCCGGGUAGCUUAGUCAGUCCCCUAACGUUGCGAGAGGAGCGUCAUGGAGGAAGUCUUCGCCGUCAUGAACUUACAACAACAACAACAACAGCCCCACGCUGCCGCUGCAACUCUUCAUGCUGACGAUGUUGACGAUCAGAUAAUGGGUCAAGCCGCAUUAGAAGUUGAAGCCAUGGAUAACACAUCCCAAGCUGAAGCCGUGGAUAACACAUCACAUCCCAGAAACGGAGCGGAUGUUGGUGGUGGUGAGGUGGGGGAUGUUCCAGAAACUCCCAAGUCUACCGGUGAACACAUCACGGGCGAGUCAUUGGGCAACAACAACAACAACCGCGGCGCGUUGGGAGGUGUCGGUAAAAUGGGGCGGCGUGUGCUGAGGGAAGGACUUCUGCGACUUCUGAAGGAUGUGAUACCUCCAUUACCAGUGUCUCAUCUGAAGAACAACCCACCGGUCAGCGUAACGCAUAUCCACGGCAACAACAACAGACACGCUUCGGUGAUGGUGUGUCUUGACUCUCCGUCGGGCGCUGAAUCGCGAGAGCGGCGGCGAAGUCGUCUGCAGCAAAAAGAUCAUGAAAUGCGUCAAUCACGACUGGAAAAAAAAAUGCAGCAUAUGGCGGAAGUGUUGCGGCAGCUCCAGCAGCAGGGGCGUAGCGAGCAGCAGGAGACGCACCAGAGACGACAAGAACGCGACCGGGGACAAGAACGGCGGCGAAGAAUGACAAAGAAUAAUUUGCCGAAGCAGCAAGAACACCGGGACCCAAGACUGUCUCAGAAGAGCCUCCACAAAGUUGGGAGAAAAAAACUUCAGGUGGCCAAACGUGAGGCGGGUCUCUUCUCCUCAGCAGCGGCGUACGGUCGGGGAAAACCAAUGAAAAAAAAUAUCUCUGUGACCAAGAAACUCGUCUUUGAAGACCCACCAGCGCGGCGUGCAACAACUGCGGCCGUUGAAGAAAAUCUCGCGCCAAUGCAGCUCGUGCGGACGAAACAAAUGAAAGCUUCUCAAGCACUGUCCUUCCUUCAGCUUUCAAUUCUUUGA